CCGGAAAUAAAUUGUUCGCUAUAGUACUUUCCUGUCUGAUUCGUUGUUUGUCUACGACCAAGUAACCAACUAAAUUUCUCAAUAGCGUGAUAGCGUUGAACAUAGAAACCGCGAGGUGAAAACGUGGUGAUGCAACGUGUGAAAUGAUCAAGAUACGAAUUUGAAAAGAUCAACUCCUCCACGAGCAUGUUGACUAAACAAGAAUCUGCGAGUGAUAGCCUUUUGGAAAGGCUUGUCAAGAGUGAUGAAAAUAAGGUUAAGAAAUGCCGGAGGAAUAGCGCGGACAACAUUGAAGGGCAUAAAUUACGACAUGGCACAGACAGUUUUCCAAACAUUAAUGAAAGACCGGUCGAUGAUAUUUCUAUUGAAUUCUUUUAUAAACCACACAGCAUUACAUUGCUCCUAAUAGCAAUCGGUGCUGUUAUAUAUUCAGCCUUCACUAGGAGUACGACGAGUGUUGAAGAUAACAUUUGGGCUGGAAUACUUUGCAUCAUAUUUUUUUUUCUAAUUAUAUCAAUACUUACAUUUCCAAAUGGACCGUUCACAAGACCUCAUCCAGUGGUUUGGAAACUUGUAUUUGGUUGUAGCGUGCUGUAUCUAAUGGGACUAUUGUUUUUAUUAUUUCAAGAUUAUGAUACAGUAAAAAAAAUUUUUGUGUGGAUAGAUCCUGCCUUGGAAUCAUUUCACAUCGAUAUGGACAAAGAAUAUGGUGUUAAUUGUUCAGAUAUUACAUUAGAGAAGAUAUGGAAUCAUUUAGACAUUUUUGCAGUGGCCCAUUUCUUGGGUUGGAUGUUCAAAGCUAUUCUUAUUAGGCAUCUUGGUAUUUUAUGGGCUAUCAGUGUUAUGUGGGAAGUAACAGAGAUAGCAUUUGCUCAUUUACUACCAAACUUUAUAGAAUGUUGGUGGGAUGCUUUUAUACUCGAUGUUUUAGUUUGUAACGGAUUAGGUAUUUGGGUGGGGUUAAAAAUUUGUUCUCUUUUGGAAAUGCGAGAGUACAAGUGGGUCAGCAUUAGAGACAUUGAAAGCACUACUGGAAAGUUGAAGAGAGCUAUGUUACAAUUCACACCUGGUAGUUGGACUGCUGUUAGAUGGUUAGAUCCAACUUGUACAUACAUGAGAUUUGUCGCUCUUUGUCAGUUGGUUAUUUUCUGGCAAGUGUCAGAACUGAAUACAUUCUUUUUGAAACAUGUAUAUGAAUUUCCACCCUCUCAUCCAUUCGUUGUGGCAAGGCUGGUGUUGGUUGGAGUAAUUGUUGCACCGUCAGUUAGGCAAUACUACAUGUAUGUAACAGAUCCAGCAUGCAGUAGAGUAGGGACACAAUGUUGGGUAUAUGGUGCAAUUAUGGUUACAGAAGCAUUACUAUGUAUAAGACAUGGUGCUUCACUAUUUGAACGUACUCAAGCAUUAAAUAUACUCUUAUGGUUGCUUUGUCAAUCUCUAGUCUCCGUUCUUUGUGUCUAUGGCUGUGUUCUUUGGCAUCAAUACUUUGAGACUGAAAAGAAAGCUACUACAAAACAGUCAGUUACCCAGCUAGGCAACAACCAUGUGGACGUAAUUCAUAGCACUGGGAGUAUGGUUCUUUCUACAAAACCUGUGGAUACAUUGGAAAAGAAGCAGUUGUAAACAAGUUCACAGCAAGAAACGAACGACUUAAGGGUGAAGUGUUAACACUAUCAAACUUUCUAGUCGCAUUAUGAAAACGUACGAGAAGAGUAUAUAAAUUUAGUAGAUUAUUGAUGGAUGUAUGAGCUCAUCUGAGUUUCGCAUAUUGCGUCUGUUCGCCUGUGUGAAUGUUAUGAAGAAAAGUAUCGUUACCAUUUAAUAUAUCAGGCUUCCUUAUAUAUAAAAAAAAUCAAAAAAAGAAAAUAAUCAGUCAGUAUAUCAUUUACGUAACAGUCAUUGCGCUUACGAAGAACUGGGAAGGUGUGGAAAUACACCGCAGUUAAGACUUGGAAUUAUCCUCGAACCCUCCGGACAUUUCCAAGCGUCGCCUAGGAGUCUAUCGUUAGAUGCAGAAACAAAGAUGCGUAUGCGACUCGGUAACUGCUCGUCUUCGUACAAUGAUAUAUACGACGACGUAAGUGGUAACUUUGUACAGUGCAUCUGUAAAAAGAACGAAAAUAUGAACAGUUCUGUUUAUAAUAGUAACCGUCUUAAUAAUUGUAGAUAUAAAACGUUAAUGCCAUGACUUGCAUUGUAAUAAGAGUACCUGAGCAUAUGUGAGAUAAAAUAACUGAUCUGAAACAAGUUCAAGCCAUGGAAGAUGAACUUCCUUAUGAGAUCUCAUCUUAUGAGAUCUUAAUCGAUCCAAAGUGUCAUAAGCUAAUCUGAGUCCCAUCGUCUCGGAUAAUCGUUCGUUUAGUGUCAAUUCCGAAAUCUGAAACGUUUACGUGGACAAAGUGUACGGUCGCUUUUAACGAGCAAAGUAUACCGAAAAGAAUAUUUUAGUUUGAAAUAAUAUUUUUAAAUUUCAAAGAUUUUAUAGAGGAAGAAAGAGAGAAAGAGAGAGAGAGAGUGAGAGAGUGAGAGUGAGGGAGUGAGAUAAGAGAGAGAUGGGAAUAUAUGUUCUCACACUGAAAUACACAGUCUGCUUAGUAGAUGGUAAUGUCAUAUCCAAACGAUUCCCAUAAAGAACUUUGUGACAUUCUAUGUAUCCUGUGACAUCGAAGUCUUUAUCGGUGUCGGUUGACCGAGAGUCGUCACCCCUAAUAAUAGCUGCUGUACAGAAAAUCAUAUUGUUGGACAUUUAGGUUGAUGGUACCCCACAGUUCCUUGAUAGAUUUACUCUUACGGAUUUAUAAUAUUGUAUACUAUGAUAUUAUUAUGUAUUGUUACAAUUACCAUUUGCGUCGAAAUGAUGAGCUAUUUGGUGCGCUAUUGUGGUGCCAAGCGUCGCCAACUUAAUAUAAUAAAACGAUGGUUCGUCGUACUUAGCGGACCAGUCGAUCGCGCCGAACGGUAUUACAACCAGAUUUAGUUCUCGAAUCGCAAGCCCCUUAGAUUGAAACGGUGUUGCGUGAUAUGUCCAACUGCGGAUUAAACCAUCGAAUACAAUAACUCAGAAACGUUCGUCGCGCAUCUUUACUGUAAGCAAGCAACUUACAUUUGUUCAGGGUGACUUGCAUCCGUGAUCAAUUGGGCAUACAUCCGCGCCCGAUAGUUUCGCAUUAAAUUCAUAGAAUUAUUCACAUAGUUGUCCGUUAGAUAUAUCUGCAAUUAAAUU